AGUUAUCGCUAUUCUCUUCCACCAUGGACUCAUUAUACACCGUCUUGGCGGUAACUGUGGUCACCAUCGCAGCAGGCGUUUACGUCUACUGCCGCAAAAAACUGUCCUACUGGACAAACCGCGGCGUAGAACAGUUGCCAUCCACCCAUUGGCUAUUCGGGGACUUUAAAGAAGGAAUUCUGUUCCGAUCGGCCCCAGGAUGGCACCUCGGGACACUGUAUCGCCGGGCCCGGAGAGACGUACCUUUCGUCGGCUUCUACAUCUUCCACAAGCCUUGUCUCCUGCUCCGGGACCCAGAUGUCAUCAAGCAAAUACUGAUCAAAGACUUUGAAAAGUUUUCGGAUAGAAAUUUCGCCGGAAGAACUCAAAAAGACAGUAUCGGGAUGAAGAAUUUGUUUGGGAUUCGGAAUCCCGCGUGGCGUUAUUUAAGGCAGAAGAUUUCUCCAACUCUGACAAAGUCGAAGCUGAAGCAGAUGCUGCCGUAUAUGCUGAAGACAGGAGAGCCCAUGGUGGAGUACAUCGAGAAGCAGAGGUUGAAGGAGCCGAAGCUGGACGCGCAGGAGCUGAGCUACAAAUACGCGACGGACCUGAUCGGGUGCGUGGCGCUCGGGACCCCGAUGGAUUCCUUCAACAACCCCAACGCGGAUUUCACGCAGGCCGUGGCCGAGUUCUUCCACGGCUUCAAGCGCAUGAUAGCAUUGGUGUCCGUGUUCUUCAUGCCCGACCUAGUGGACCUGGUGGGAACCCCUCUUCUGUUCAACUCCAGCUUCGUGCGAAAGGUGUUUUGGGAGGCGGUGGAAGAGCGAGAGAGGACGGGAGAGAAGAGAGGAGAUUAUAUCGAUACUAUUGUGCAGCUAAAGAACGGGCCACAGAAUCCAUUAUACGAAUUUUCCGGUGAAAAUCUGCUGUACCAGUCCGGCACUUUCUUUAGCGGGUUCGAAUCCAGCGCGACCACGGCCGCCUUCACGCUCAUGGAGUUGGCGCGACACCCGGAGAUCCAGCAGCGAGCCCGCGAGAACAUCCAGCAGGCUGUCAAGGAGCACGGGUGGACCUAUGAAGGAUUCAAAGCAAUGAAGUACCUUGACCAGUGCGUGGCUGAAGGCGUUAGGCUGCAUCCUCCAGUAUCCACGGUCGACAGGUCGGCCAAAGAGGACUAUAAGAUUCCCGGCACCGACAUAAUAAUAGAGAAAGGAACUGCGAUCUAUAUCUCAUUGUACGGGCUGCAGGGAGAUCCCAAGCACUUCGACAACCCGGAAGCAUAUGACCCGAGCCGCUUCGAUGAAGGCAGGCACAUUCCUGAUGCGUACAUACCCUUCGGAGCAGGACCCAGAAUGUGUGUCGGAUUGAAAACCGGCCAACUCCAUGCCAAGGUCGUAUUAUCCAUGAUCCUGUCCCAGUUCGAAGUGCACCAGAACUCCGACCAGCUUGAACUUGAUCCUCGGUCCACCUUCACCGCGGCCGCGCACGGGCUACCCAUGGAGUUCAAGAGGAUAGAGAAGGAAUCCAUCAAGACAGUCGGACCUGGCACGCUAUAACACGAUCCUGCUACACCAACAUUUUUGGCAGUGGUUUCAUCAAUGAUCUUAAUUUUGGAAACAGAAAAGAUAUGAAUCUAAAUGUGUGUAGGUACCAGAUGAUCCUUAAUAAUGGUGAGCUAUUCGAGUAAACAAUUAUUGUUAUCAUUGUCACGAUAAAUAAAGAUUUGCAAAAAUUUUACUAUCUUAAAAGACAAUAUGCAUAGAUUGUAUCGAGACUUACUUACAUAUAUAUUUAGUUAAUUUUUAGUGUUAAUUGUUAAUUAAUUAAGUGUUACAUUUAAAAACAAUAAAUAAUUAUUUCAACA